CUUCCCACGCAUUUUCCCAAGGACUUUUUCGUCUUUUAAAAAAAUAGACAUCCACCAGGCGCACGUAUCUUCUUCUUCCGUCUUUAAUUACUCUCCCGUGUGAUUGUUAUCAUUUCGGCGAUUAGGUGAACGAAACCACCGGAAAAUAUAUUCCGAUCAUAACUUCAUCGUCGGAGAGAAACUGAUAUAAUUUCGAAGCCCUUCUUUUGUAUUUUAGAAUAAUCGAAUCGAAGAAGAUGAAUAGAAGAAACCUCAUAGAACAAGAAGGUUGAGAUCCGAUUAUUCAAUCAACGAUGAUGAUUUCUUAUAGAUUGGAUUUGAUUUUGGUGAUCGUAAUCGUAAUCGGAGGAACCUCCGCUGCUAAUUUCACCGAACCUUGUCACGGGAGAUGCGGUAAAUGGAGUCUGCCUUAUCCUUUUGGGUUUACUCCUGGUUGUGGCAUCAAAUUCAAUUGCUCUGCGGCGGGGAACGCGGAGAUCGGAGGCUUCUCCGUUCAGAACGUGACGGAGGACAGUAUAUUCGUCAGCCUCCCACACAAUUGUACUCGGAAGAUCGAAGAUAUGAAUCCGCUAUUCAGCGAGCAUUUCGCACCGACGGUGUAUAACAGUUUCUUGAUGGAGGAUUGCAACAAGACAACCGACGGAUGCUCCAUCAAGCAGAAGUUUUUGGAGGAUGUGCUGAAACUGGAAAGCUGUGAUUCCACUGGAAACAUUAGCUGUUUUUCUUUAGAUAGUAACUCGAGUUCGAAAAAAAAGUUUUUCGGUAUGAAUGAACUGAGGAACAGUACUUGUACUUUGUUGUUCUCUUCCAUAGCUUUCGAGUCUGUAGGUUUGAAUGCGGGUAUAGCGCUUGAGUUUGAGCGAGUUAGGUUAGGUUGGUGGCUUAACGGACACUGCAAAACCAAUCCUUGCGCUGAAAACGCCAAUUGUACUCACGUUGACACUCCUGAUGGAAAGGAUGGAUACCGGUGCUCGUGUCUCGAGGGUUACCACGGAGAUGGAUAUAACAAUCUUUGCCAGAGAGUACUACCGGACUGCCGCGGUUCAAAGCUCGUCUGGAGACAUUGUAGAUCGAAUCUUUUUACUAUUGUAGGAGGAACUAUUGGUGGAGCAUCUUUGCUAGCUGGCUUGGCACUUUUGUUCUUUUGUAAGCGGAGACGGUCUACUCCCUUGAGAAGCCAUUUGAGCGCCAAGCGUCUUUUGUCUGAAGCUGCAGGUAACUCAAGUGUUGCUUUUUUCCCUUACAAGGAAAUCGAGAAAGCCACAGAUGGGUUCUCUGAAAAGCAGAAGCUAGGAAUAGGUGCAUAUGGUACGGUCUAUAGAGGAAAGCUCCAAAAUGAUGAAUGGGUUGCUAUCAAAAGACUCAGACACAGAGAUUCAGAAAGUCUUGACCAAGUCAUGAAUGAGAUCAAGCUUCUUUCCUCGGUGAGUCAUCCGAAUCUUGUCCGUCUCUUAGGAUGCUGUAUAGAGCAAGGCGAUCCGGUUCUCGUUUAUGAGUACAUGCCAAAUGGAACUCUAUCGGAACAUUUACAAAGAGAUAGAGGGACUGGUCUUCCAUGGACCCUGCGCCUCACUGUUGCCACUCAAACAGCUAAAGCUAUCGCUUAUCUCCACUCUGAAAUGAAUCCACCGAUUUAUCACCGUGACAUCAAAUCUACCAAUAUCCUUCUUGAUUAUGAUUUCAACUCCAAAGUUGCGGAUUUCGGACUCUCUAGACUGGGAAUGACUGAAACUUCCCACAUAUCAACGGCUCCUCAAGGGACUCCUGGUUAUCUUGACCCGCAGUAUCAUCAAUGCUUCCAUCUUUCUGAUAAGAGCGACGUCUACAGCUUUGGUGUAGUCCUUGCCGAGAUUAUAACAGGAUUGAAAGUUGUUGAUUUCACUCGUCCACAUACUGAAAUCAACCUAGCAGCUCUCGCUGUUGACAAAAUCGGAUCAGGUUGUAUCGAUGAGAUUAUAGACCCGAUUCUUGACCUGGAGCUCGACGCAUGGACUCUCUCAUCGAUACACACCGUGGCUGAGCUCACAUUUCGAUGCUUGGCUUUCCACAGCGACAUGAGGCCGACUAUGACUGAAGUAGCAGACGAGCUUGAACAGAUACGACUUAGCGGUUGGAUCCCAAAUAUGAGUUUGGAUUCACCGAACGGUUCUCUCCGGUCAUCUGAUCAGGGAAGCGAAAGAUCGACUAAAAAACCAUCAACAGGAAGUAGAAGAGUCAUUAUCCCUCAGAAACAACCCGAAUCCCUAGCUUCCGUCGAAGAGAUUAACGGUAGCUCACCUGUGUCAGUUCAAGAUCCUUGGUUAAGUGCACAGAGCUCACCUUCGACAAAUACAUUACUGGGUAACAUUCCCAGGUGAUAAUGAGAUCUUGAAACACUUUUACCACACUUUUCUUGUUUAUAAAAAUAUAAGUCCCUCUACGUGUAGCUUUUACAUCAUUCAGUGUUCAUAAUGUUAAGUAGAGAUAUUAACAAUGAAGAAAACAGGUUUAUGCAUGAGUUAUAUAAUGCUAACGAUCUUGAAACAAGAUCUUUCAUUCAGGUAUUA